CUAUGAGCACGAGCUGAAGAAGAAAAAGGAAGAACAAGUCACUUCCUUCCCCACGGCACUGAUGACAACUCCAAGAGUCCCAUGAAGUGAAGGGACAUGCCCAAGGAAUUGUGACACACCUUCCUCCAGCCAGCCGUCAAGCUCAAAAAUGGAGAACUGCGAUGAGGAAUUUGCCAUGAUGGUCAAGCAAUUCUGGAAGUUCAAGAAGUUCUUCAAGAAGGAUGACUCAGUCAGAAGGCCAUCCAAGGGAAAGCCACAGGUAAAUGACUCCCCUCUUGAAUCUUAUUUGUGUUAUAACUGCAGGAAGCCUGGCCACUGGAAGUCAGCAUGCCCGUACCCAAAGGUGGAGAAGUACGGAGAAAGAGAGAGGAACGAGAAGAAAAAGAAGGCAAUGGUUGCUGCUAAAAGUGACGAGUCAUCCAGCUCAAGCUCGGAUGAAGAAGCCCUCGUUUGCAUGGAGCGCAGAGUUGAGAAGUCCAAUAAUGAGGAUAGGUGGACUAUGUCAGAAGAUGACACUCUCAGCCUAAUGGCCAAAGAUGAUGCUGAUCAAGAGGUAACUUCACAAACCUCCUGCUCAUCUUCUUAUGAAAGCAUACCAACUUCUGAUAAUCUUUUUGACCAGUUCAAAAAGAUGAUGGAAGAUUUUGAGGAAAUAAAUCUCAAACAUUCAUCCUUAACAGAGGAGAACAAACUAUUGAGUGAAGAGAAUCUCAAGUUGACUGAAGGUCGGAAAAGUCAACUAGAUGAGAUCACUCAACUCAAGACUGAAAAUGAAUCUCUCUCUGAAAGGGUGAAAUCCCUUAACAAGGAGCUAGGGAUACUUAAGUCCAAAGAAGCAGUGGAUAAGCUUCUUGAAAUGACCAAACAUAAGGGUCGUGAAGGACUUGGGUUUGACCCCUCUAGUUCGAAAAAGAAAGGGAGAACAACUUUCAUCCCUCCUAAACCUACUGCCAAACCAAAUAAGCAGAAAGGAAAGGAAAAGGAGAAACCAACAUAAGUUCCCAAAAAGGUAGUCCCUCCUAAGAACUAUAGGAAGCUGGACAGAUCUCAAAGAGGAAAUAAUUUCAGAAGAAAACCUUCUAACCCCCACUAUACACGAGGCUAUACUCAUUAUGGGGUAGAUAGGAGUUUUCCAAGAAAUUCUGAGUGGAGAA